CUUCGAGAUGAGGAACUUUGUUUUUGUUCUUCUUUCUCUUUUCGGUCUGUCGACUGCCAGGAAUUGGGGCUUCCCAUACGAUAAUUUUAACACUGGAUAUGUAGAAUCUUUACCUCCUAGAGUUACCUCCCUUACCAUGCACUUUCCCCUCGGUAACCCCUUCAGACCCGGAGAAAAUUUUGUAGACUUGCUAAGAACCGGUCCAUAUUACCUUGGCAACGGCUACAGAGGGUACACGUUCUACCCUACUGUUGGAGUCAGUGGCACAUACAACAGGAUGUUCGGAGGACAGAAUCCGUUCAGUGGAUUUGGUAUUCGAAGUCGAGGACCUCUUGGAGGAAACCUUGGUGGAGGACUUUUUGGUGAAAGUAGUCUUCUUGGAAUAAAUUCGGGUAGACUCCUUGGACAAAACUUAAGAGGCAGUCUUCUUGGAGGAACUUUUGGAGGCAAAUUUGGAUAA